GUCUCUCUCUUUCUUAAUUACGUACCAAGUAAUAUAUACACAAAAGUUACUCAGAACACGCAUAGAAAUUUGAGAAGAGCAACAGAAAAGUUACUUUUUUCUUUGUGAUAUGAAGGUAACCAUGGUAGCAACUAUCAUUCUUCUUGCAUUUUCACUCCUGGGCAUAAUGGUUGGAGCAGAGAAGGUUGCACCUUUCCCUCCGCCACCGAAUGGUCCGCCUUCCCCUCCAAAUCCGAUAGUUAUUACGGAUUACAGCCCUCCGCCACCACCUCUUCCUCCCCCACCACCGCAAGCUUCUCCUCUGGCUGCAUCCCGGUUCUCAAGGGUAAUGAUUAUUCUCAUAUCUGUUGCAGCUGUGGUUGGAGCACUUAUUCUGAUCGUCCUUAUUUUGAUCUUCUUUGAAAUCUAUCUAUUGUACAAAGAAGAUCAGCUUCUGCUCAAAAACAGCGGCCACGGUGAACCUAGAGGCGAUCAGAUCAGCCCUGAGCAGGUUUUGAAUCAGGUCGGGGAAGGGGAAGAGACGGUGGUGGACGUGGUUGUGUGAUGCUAGCUGUAGGUGGAGCAAAUCAAAGUUAUUUAUUAUAUAUUUGCAGUUUGAGUUUUGUUAAUUUUUCUUAUAAAGACAUUAUUGUCUAGGAUGAACUUUUCUUGUCCUUAUAUGUUUGAAACUUCUUGAAAAUCAAAGCAACAUGAU